ACAGUUUGUCCUGGAUGAAAAGUAGGGAGUGGAGCUCCGAGCUUGUUGGUGUCUCCCUCUCUGUGCUGUAGAAGGUGAUGCUACAAGCCUUCCAGCUCAGUGUGCCUGCAGUGAGGAUGGGGUAGUUUGCUCUCCCUCGUCUGCUGUGUCCUGAAUACCCAUGAGUGUAGCAUCUGGCUGUCCAAGGGGCUAAUUACUGCCAGGAAAGGGCCACGCUUCAGUGUACUGCCUUUCAGUGGAGCAGGCACUGCCUUCUGAUCGAAGGUCUCUGGGCUGGACUGUUUCUCCCUGUUGCUCUGCUGACAGAGAUCUCAGGAUGGACUCGUACCUGAUCCAAGUGAAUGGCCACGGUGACUGUGCGCCUGUGAUGGAUGUUCAUCUCAAUACCAAUGGGAACAGCCUGUCGCUGGGGAAGGUGAAGGGCCGGAAGCCAAGAUGGGCUGUCAGGGCUUCUGAAAUGUCAAAGAAGACUUUCAAUCCAGUCCGAGCCAUCGUAGACAGCAUGAAAGUGGAGCCCAACCCAAGGAAAGCCAUGAUCUCCUUGUCCCUAGGAGACCCGACAGUCUUUGGAAAUCUUCCCACAAACGAUGAGGUCACCCAGGCUGUGAAGGAGAUUUUGGACUCAGGACGUUACAACGGUUAUGCUCCAUCUGUUGGCUACCAGUCCUGCCGGGAAGCGGUGGCUGCAUACUACAACUGCCCAGAGGCACCCUUAGAGGCCCAGGACGUCAUCCUAACGAGCGGCUGCAGCCAGGCCAUAGAGCUCGCCUUGGCAGUGCUGGCCAAUCCAGGCCAGAACAUCCUAGUGCCACGGCCUGGCUUCUCCCUCUACAAGACUUUGGCGCUGUCCAUGGGGAUUGAAGUUAAAUUCUACAACCUCUUGCCAGAGAAGUCCUGGGAAAUUGAUCUGAAGCACUUGGAGUCACUGGUGGAUGAGAAGACAGCUUGUCUCGUCAUUAACAACCCAUCCAACCCCUGUGGCUCUGUAUUCAGCAAGAGCCACCUCCAGAAGAUCCUGGCAGUGGCCUCAAGACACUGCGUGCCCAUCCUUGCUGAUGAGAUCUAUGGAGACAUGGUGUUUGCUGACUGCAAAUAUGAACCUAUUGCAACUCUCAGCACCAAUGUGCCAAUCUUGUCCUGUGGUGGCUUGGCAAAGCGGUGGCUAGUCCCUGGCUGGCGGAUGGGCUGGAUCCUGAUCCAUGACAGGAGAGACAUCUUUGGUAACGAGAUCAGGGAUGGCCUUCUAAGACUCAGUCAAAGGAUCUUAGGACCCUGCACAAUCAUCCAAGGAGCACUGGAACAUAUAUUGCACCGAACACCCCCUGAGUUCUACCACAACACCCUCAGCAUCCUCAAGGUGCAGGGCAGAAGUCCUAUCCGUCAUCAGAAGAGCCCAACAAAUCCAAUUCUAGCCGGAGACAUGUCCAAUGCUGACCUUUGCUAUGCUGCCCUGUCGGCUAUCCCUGGUCUCCAGCCUGUCCGGCCUGCAGGAGCCAUGUACCUCAUGGUUGAGAUUGAGAUGGAGCAUUUCCCCGAGUUUGAAAAUGAUGUGGAGUUCACAGAGCGGCUCAUCUCGGAGCAGUCUGUGUUCUGUCUGCCAGCCACGUGCUUUGAGUACCCAAAUUUCUUCCGCGUGGUGAUCACAGUGCCUGAGGAGAUGAUCUUGGAGGCCUGCAGCCGCAUCCAGGAGUUCUGUGAGAUGCACUACCAGGGUGCUGAGGGGGCCCAGGAUAUGGAGUGUGACAAGUAGCCACAAUGGCCUCCCGCUCCGCCAGGCCAAGCCUUGUGUGAGAUGGUAGCAUGGAAGGCAGGGCUGCUUCCCAUCGGCCCCUACCUCCCACUGCCUGCAGAUAGCAGCCGUCCUGUGGCUCCACCGUUUGUGCCUCCACAGCCCCCCUCAGCACCAUGGGAAGAAGCAGCCACUUCUCUCUCCCCCUACGCUGUAGCUCACAAACCAUCUGGCAUCCAGUGCCAGUGAUCCCCAUAUACUUCACCUCUGUCUGCACCCUCCACGUAGGUCUGUGGCCCUUGAACCAGCUGCGAGCAGGCAAGCGUCGCUGCCCUGCUGCGCCAGGCCUCAAGGGCUCUGCGUGGCCACCAGCUCCUGGUCGCUUCGGCUGGCAGUCCCUGCGCCAGGCUGCGCCACGGGGCGGGAGACGGCAGUCGUCUCAGAGGGCAAGGGACGAGGACUCUGAGGGCUUGCUUCCUCUGGGUGUCUUAAGAAGCCAGAGCUCUUUAUACUGAGCCCUUUGUGUGGCAAAGGGAGUAAGUUAUUGUAACUUUUUUUAUUAAUAAAAGUUCUGACAUGCCA